AUGUCAAUGCUAAUACCAAAAUCCCAAAUCUUAUCAACAGCAGCAAUUUUGCUGCUAUUUUCCAUUUUCAUUUCAUCUACAGAAGCAGCUUUCCCCCAAUUCGACUGGGUCCAACAGGAAUUCCUCAAAUCACAUAAUGAUUUGAGAUCAAGCGUUGGCGUCCCACAUUUACAGUGGGACGCCAACUUAGCUACGUUCUCCCAGUCAUGGGCGAACCAGCGCAAGCAGCAGUGCGAUUACAGGCACCAUUCAACGAGCCCUUACGGAGAGAACAUAUUCUGGGAACUCUACAGGCAGAACACAGCAACUAGCAUUGUCCAGAAAUGGUUUGGAGAAAAGCAAUUCUUCAACCACGCGACGAAUCAAUGCAAUUGCCAGCCUGAACGUGCUGGAUGUGAAUGCGGUCAUUAUUUAAACGUUAUAUGGCGAUCUACCACGAAAGUUGGAUGUAGUGGUUUUGUAUAUUGUGAUGAUCAAAAAGGUGCGAUUGUUGUGUGCUCGUAUGAUCCUAUUGGGAACGUAAAAGGCGUUAAUCCUCUGAAUCCUGUUAACAAUAUGCAUGGUGUUGCACCACCAGUUUUACCUCCAAGACAGGUGAACAACGGUGGUAGAGGUAGAAAACGUAAUGUGGCUGUAACGCCUGUGGCGUUACCUGCCAAUGCACGUCUCACAUCGCCAGUUUUACCACCUAAACCGGUGAAUACUGGAAAUGUGGGACGCGGUAGAGGAAGAAAACACAAUGUGGCUGUAAAAUCACCAGCUCCAUUGAGACGCCCUUCGAGUCCCCAAAAAUCUCAACGUGGAAGAGGUAGAAGAAACAAUCGGGUUUAA